CCCGCCCACAUUUAGCCCCGCCCCGAUCUCCGGGAUGCAGCCAGGGGCUACUCGUCGUUGCUCGCGCGGAGACCCGAGAAGCAACAAGUCCUUCCUAAAAACGUAACGGCAGCAGCAGCUAGCAUGAAGGACAACAACCUGUGUCGGGUUCUCGUCGUUAUCGUGUGUGCUGCGGCCUUUGUAGCCGUGCUGGUCAUUAACGCGCUGGCUGGAGCGGGCAGGGGUCCUUUCCACCUCAGUACGGGCAAUGUGUCAGCCCGCUAUGAGACCAACAUCACUCCUGCUGGUUGGACCUUCUCUAUCUGGGGGGUCAUCUACACCUGGCUCACCCUGAUGGUCAUGUACAUCACAUCCUACAUCUUCAGAGGAUCGUGGGCUCAGUGUUUGCUGCCUUAUGCCUUCUACUUCUCCUGGCUGUCCAGCCUGAUGCUGAACAUGAUCUGGCUCAUCCUGUGGGAUAGAGAGUUGAUGUUAGCUGCAUUGGUUGUGCUGAUCCUGCUGGUGAUUUCCAACUACAACGCUUUGUUCUUCUGCUGCUUUGCCACAGAUUAUUAUGGGCUGUGGUUGAAGAUGUAUCAUGGCAAAGACCUGGCCUGUCUCAGAAUACUGGUGCAGAAUGGUUUGGCGGCUUACACCACAUGGACCUCCAUAGCCUCUCUGAUCAAUUUCUCAGUGGUUCUCCACCUUUGGGGCGUAGACAGAACCACAGCAGCUACUGCCUCUCUGUGCAUCCUGUUUGCAGAGCUGGUGGGAUGGUUCAUUCUGGAGAACUGGGUGUUGGACCGCUGGGUACGGAACAUUCUGACCGUGUACCCAGUGGUGAUGGUGGCUCUGGUUGGAAACAUCUACAGACAUUUCAACCCAGAUGAUCCCACUCCAAAUUCUAUUUUUAUGGUGGUACAGCUGGUGUUGGCGUGCAUCCUGUGCAUUUCUCGGGUCUUCUCCGUCAUCUGGAGGAACACGUGGCGUCCUCUCUACUCGCCAGGCUCGGCCCGACUGAUGGUGUCUCCCCUUGACGGCAGCAAACACAAGAUGUUCUACUGAGGAGAAGCCCUGGCAUUGGUCUUUCAGCCGUGAAGCGCUCUUACUCCGUUUACAGCCUUAUGUUGGCCAGAUUUAAAUAAACAAUGUUCUACUUUAACACGUGUUGCUACAGCUGUUACUAACAGUGGAUCUAAACAUGCAGAAUCAUUUCUGUAUAUGAAGGCACUACCAAUCCUGCUGCACUUUUACUCUAGAACAGACUAGACCAUGUUCUGCACAUUUAUCAUAAGUUCAUUAUAAUAUGAAGGACUCACAUCUUUGCUAAUGUGCCAAUUAAACAAUUGUCUUACUUUUUA